CUUCACUGACAAGUAUGAUAAAAAAAAUAUCAGUUGCGCAAACUAAGUUACUUGGAGCUGUGCGUAUUUAUCACAACGAAGAAGCAUUUCACUGCGGAGAUAAAGAGCAAUUUAAACUGAUUUAACAGUUGGAGCGAUUUAAACUGAUAUUACGGUGUACAAUUGUUGUAAUCUUCGGUGGACAUUCUGAUUCGUGGAUGAGUAAACCAUGCUAACUACUACCAUUCUGUUGGGAGUAACACUGUGGUCCUGGGUAAUUCAACCAGUGUAUGGCGGUGCAGGACAUAAAUGGACGUAUCGUGGUGACCUAGGACCGGAACACUGGCACCUGGACUACCCGACCUGUGGAGGUCAACAACAAUCUCCGAUCGAGGUUAAAACUGACCAGGUGGUGCCAGAGGCGAAGCUGGCCGACUUCAAUCUAAACCAACUGAGUAACACCAAGAACGUGUCGAUGGUUUUAGCGAAUGUCGGUGGACAUACGGUUGAAGUUGCCGUCAGCGGCAGUCCUAUUUACGUUACUGGAGGAGGCCUGGAGGGGCGCUACAGACUGGAACAGUUUCACUUUCACUGGGGGUUGAAGGAUGAGCGUGGUUCAGAGCAUGUCAUUGAUGGACGACAUUUUCCUAUGGAGAUACACAUCGUUCUGUAUAAUGACAAGUACGCCAACUUCUCUUCGGCUGUACACAAGGAAAAGGGUCUCGCUGUGUUUGCAUUCUUUUACAAGAUUGGCGAAGAAAACAACAACAUGUUCAAAAUGUUGACUCACUUUCCGGACAUUGAGUUCAAAGACACCAGUAAGCCAAUUGCUACGUUUCCCAUAUCAUCUUUGUUACCGAAGAAGUUCAAUUCCUGGUUCAGAUAUGACGGCAGCCUGACCACGCCCCCUUGCUCGGAAACGGUCACGUGGACAUUAUUUAAAGACGAAAUCCACAUUUCAGAGGCGCAGAUCCAGAAAUUUCGCGGUAUUUUGGAAAACUUUCGAGGAGAACGAAACAAGACUCUAGUUGAUGAUUUUAGGCCUCUACAGAAACUACACAGCCGUAAAGUGUACACCAACCAUAACUUUGAAAUAAAUAGUAGUAACAGACCAGUUACUGUAGAUUUGAUAAUGACGGUUACUGUAAUACUCGUUAAACUGAAUACAUGUUUUUGGUAGUAUUGUUUGCAUGUGGUUUAUACAGCACCGCAGACCAAUCCAGUGAACAAUGCCAAGGGGUCGCGUGGUUCUCAACAUUGAUCGUGAUUCUAGUAACGUUCGUGUGGGUUUUUUUGUAUUGUUUUUGUUUUUGUAUAAACGUUGUUCAUAAUAAGUGUUAUGUGUGUACCACAAUGCUACUGUUGAACAGUCAAUAAUCACGAGUUCUGCAUGUCUAUAUUUUUGUACCCAGGAACCUUAAUUGGAUUAUAUUAGAUUUAAGUUGAAAAUAAUUUGAAAUGAUAAGAUGAAAUAAAAGUGUUUGACCUGUG